AUGGCAGACACGAAAGACAUCGAGAAGACAUCCUAUCGCAAGAAACCGCCUCUCCCAGUAGACCGAGGCUGGGCGUGGUGUGUGAUGAUUGGCAUCUACGUUAUUAUGUUGAUAUUAGUUGCCUUUGGACGCUCCUUGUCGAUCUUUCUUCCGGAUAUCUUAGAUCGCUAUAAGGAACCUGCUGCAGUAACAACACUGGCGUUCGGGAUGAGCGAUAUCUGUUGGUCUGUAACAAAUAUCGUAAUGCCAGUUCUGCUCUUGCCUCGUUUCAAUGUUAGAACGUUGGUAUUAACUGGAGCAUUUUGCCAGUGUUUUGGCGUCAUCGCAUUAGCAUAUUCACCAAACAUCAUCGUUUUUAACUGCUUGUUUGGGGUUUUAGGUAUGGCAGCCGCACUGAUGAUUGGCCCAUCUAUGAUUCAUCUGGGCCAAUACUUCAAGAAAAGAUUAUCUUUCGCUAGCUCUGUGACACAUGUUGGAGGCAGCACUUCUACUGUUCUUGUGCCCCGACUGGCUCAGUUUUUGAAAGAGAUGUAUGGUUACCAAGGAGCCAUGCUCAUCCUUGGAGGCGUCAGCUUCCAUUGUGUUGCUGCCGCCAUGUUGCUUUGGCCCGUGUCCAUGUUUGACGAUACUGAUCACACAAAGGAAGUACAAGAUAAGAGCUCAGAGAAUGAUAUUCAGCCAUUAUUAGAUAUCAACGGAGUUCAGAUGGAGUUUAACAUUAGACCGCAAGAACAAGAUAAGAAAGAAGAAAUAGACGAUGCUUCUAACAAUAAAGAAACAAAUGGGGAAUCGAGAUUUUUACAAGUGCAAGAUCUUAACAAUGUCCAAAUAAAACAAUUAAAUUCAACGGCUGACCUAAAAACAUCAAAAGGUGAUAUCAAUAGGCAGCUACAGUUUGAAAGAAACGACGAUACAAAAAACAGCCCAGCUUAUCCCGUUGACUGGGGCAAGGUUUUCAAGAGCUACUUCGCAAAGAAUUCAUGA